AUGCGGAAGAGGGAGGGAGAGGGGAAGGGAGCUGGAGAGGGGGGAAAGGAAGGAAAGGGGGAGAUUGAAGGAGAGAGAGAGAAUAAGGGAGAGAGGGGGAAGGAAGGAGAGGGGGAGAAAGAAGGGGAAGCGGAGAAGGAAGGAGAAGGGGAGAAGGAACGAGACGGGGAGAAGGAAGGAGAGAGGGAGGAGGAGGGAGAGGCGGAAAAAGAAGGAGAGGGGGAAAAAGAAGGAGAGGGGGAAAAAGAAGGAGAGGGGGAAAAAGAAGGUGCGGGGGAAAAAGAAGAGGAGGAGAAGGAAGGAGAGGGGGAAAAAGGGGUGGGGGGAAAAGGAGGAGAGGGGGGGAAUGAAGGGGAGGGGGGGAAUGAAGGGGAGGGGGGGAAUGAAGGGGAGGGGGGGAAUGAAGGGGAGGGGGGGAAUGAAGGGGAGGGGGGGAAUGAAGGGGAGGGGGGGAAUGAAGGGGAGGAGGGAGAGAGGGAGAAGGGGAUAAAGGAGAGCCUGAAAAGGAAGGAGAUGGGGAAAUGGAGGGGAAGGCAGAGUCGGAGGCGGCAAGCAGACGCGCUGGUAACCCUAUCGCAAGCCGUGCACGAGGCGGCAGACCUGCCGGAAGAUUCCCAGAAGGUGCUGCUGGGCGGUAUGGGGGCGGCGUUGGUAGCAGCCAAGAUGUGGCCGUGUAACCUGUUCGGCGGGCAAGCAGCAUGUAGACCUGUAGCCGACAUUGGCAUGGGCAUUAACCGGGGAAAUGGCGGACCGGAGAGGGGAGCGGGAGGUAUGAGAGGCGAGGAAGGUGCGACAGGUGAGGAGGAGGAGGAGAAGGAGGAGAAGGAGGGGAGUGUGAGUGUGGGGAUGAUGCAGCAGUGUGCUGUUGACCUGGUCAACCCUACCGUUGACUGCGCGUACACCCUGGAGGAGAGGGAGGGGCAGGCACUGGACCCAGACGUGGUGGUGCGAGCGAGGCUGCAGCAUGCGGGCUACGACCCGCCCUGUGAGCCGUGCCUGCAGGCGCUGCACCGCUUCUGGUGUGGCCAGACUGUGCCCACGUGCGGCACCUUUGAGAAGAUUGUGGAUGAAGUGCUGCCGGAGCUGCGCCAGAUAACGACGGGCCAGGAGAAGCCUGACGAGCUCAUAGAAGCCGCCCUCCCUCGCAUGCUCGCAGCCUUUUCUCUCGGGCUGCCCUGCAAAGAGAUGUGCCUCGAAGUCACCUCGCUCUGUAGCUGCGGUCAGAUUACCACCUUUGGGCAGGCGAUGGAAUUUUUGGAGGCUGCCCAUCCAGGAAAGGAGCCCAAUGUAAAGGUGCCCGUUGGAUUCACAACGGGGAUGUCGAAUCGGACGGCUGAGAAGAUCUUCAAGCAUGUGUGGGAUCGCCACGUCUGUGACCUCUUCUCUCCUUCAGAUAUGCCGGGUUUCGAGGGAAAGUGCUACAGGCACACACGAGAGGAGGUCAUGGCGCAGGCGGGGGGCUGUGAUUGGUGCAAGGAGGGUGCGGAGAGGCCUGAUGAGAUGGCGGUGGAGAUUGUGGCGCAAAUGGCGCAGUCUAUAUCGAGUAUGAUGCAGGCUGGGUUGGAGCAGGUUCUCUUUGCCGCAGCCUUCCCCUUAGCUUCAGUCAGCCACCAUGUGUCACGCACCCGUGCUUCUGCUGCUGGCAGAAGCACAGGUGCUGGCAGUGGUGAAAGGGAGGGGGGGGCUGAAGAGGAGGAAAGAGGGAGCGAGGAAGAAGCAACAGAGGCACCUGCAGGGGGCGAAGCAGCAGAAGUCGAACCAGCAGAGGCACGGGCAGAGGAGGAGGAGGAGGAGGAGGAGGAGGUGGCGACAGAGGAAGCAGCGAUCGAAGCGGAGGAGAAGAAAGAGUUUAAUUUGGGGGGGAUGGAGGAGGGGGAAGACAGUGCGGUAUCAUGGGACCCCCGUGAUCAAGUGCUGGGCACUGCUGGAGCUGCAGAUGUCAUGGGCGGCAUGGAGACAGGCGGCCGGGCGGCAGGUGGGUGGGCGGCAGGGGGAAGUACGGCUGGGGGAAGGGCUGGUGGUGGGAGAGAUUCUGGAGUGGUGAGGGGAGGGGGAGUGGAGAGAGGAGAAGCCGGAGCCAUGGUGGGAGGAAGGGACGUGGGGAUGGCGAGUGGUGGGGAUGCAGGAGGGUUGAAGGGAGCAUUGCAGGGUGUUGAGAUGGGUGGAGAGGGAGGUGGCACGGCAGGAGGUGGUGGUGCUGUGGGCUCACAUGACUCUCGUACAACCUUGGGAUCUUCAAUUCGAGCCCUAGAUCUUAGCGCAAAGCUGCUAGCUUCAGCUCGAUUCGAUCAGUCUUACCAGUCCUUCCCUUCAAUCCCCGCCAUAUUCAGCAGCGCGAAGCCGUACGCAACCUUAUCAAGAUGA